AUGGAGGAUGAGGAGGAGAGGGCGCAAGCGGUAGGAGUCGCCACGGGGGUUGUACUGCCCAAUACGCGCUUGGCCGUGGACUGCUUUAAGGUUCGUGGCGCUGCGGCCUACUUCCUCACCCAUUUCCACGCAGACCACUACGCUGGGCUGAGCAAAGGUUGGAAGGGAGGUCCGCUCUACUGCAGCGAGACCACUGGUCGGCUGCUGGGGCACAAGUUUCCGGCUUUGGUCGAGGCCGGCCUCGUCCACCAUGAUUGGUUGCACUACUCAGCGGAGGUCAAGGUGUGGCUGACGGACGCUGGCCAUUGCCCCGGCUCGGUCAUGUUCCUCUUCGAGGGUGCGUUCGGGGUCUACUUCCACACCGGGGACUUUAGAUUCAACCGCGGCAUGCUGUCGUGUCCCGUCAUCAAGCGGGCGCAGGGCAUGGUCGACAAGCUGUUCAUCGAUACCACGUUCUGCUCACCCUUUUGGUCUGCCUUCCCGCCCAAGCGUUGGCGGAGCCUGACCCGCACACUCCAGGAGCAGGCCAUAGCUCAAGUCCUCCAGAUCAUUUCCUCGCAGCCCCACAACGUCCAGGUGUACCUCGAAUGCGAGAUGCUGGGCACGCAAGACGUGCUGGUCGCCGUGGCAGAAAAGUUCAAGACUAAGAUCUUCGUCGAAGAUGAAAAGCUGCGGGAGUCCUUCAAGUGCGUCCCCGAGCUCAAGAGGGCCAAGAUCUUCGCUGCCGAUCCGCUCGAGUCUAGAUUCCACCUCCUCAAGAACCAGCGCUACACCAACCGGACCGAGGUUCUCCUCGAGCCCGAUGCCCUCUACAUUCGUCCCUCCACCCAGUGGUUCGGGCAGCAGGGAAACGGGCGGGGCAACCCCGCACUCUACCAGACCAGGCCCUGCUACGCCCACGGGAUCUGGCACGUGCUCUACUCGAUACACUCGUCGUUCGAGGAGCUGGAGGUGUUCGUGUCGUUCUUGCAGCCGCGCGGGCUGGUCCCGCUGACCGAGUGCUCGGCGGUGGCGCUGAAGAGACUCACUUCGUCGUGUCUGACGAACGUGGGCGGUGCGGCCUCCGCUAGCGGAGCUGCGGACCCAUCAUCGGCGGCCUGCCGCCUACGGCCACCCGUGACCACCACAACGACAACCACCACCACCCUGCACCGGCACCUGUCGGCGUCGUCGCUCGUAGCCCUGGCCCGCGAGGCUGAAUAUGACGACCAGCCGCCGGAGCCGAAACGGAGGGUGGUGAAGAACCGACGGCUCACCACCGCGCUCAAGCGAACCACGGCCACGACCACGGAGCCGGACUUCUGCGAGGACUUUAUCAUGGCCGCUCUCGAUCGCCCCAACUCGCGGAAGCGACCACUUGACGGAUCGCCGCCGGUGCGACCCCGCCCUAGGAGCAAACAACAGCGACCAGUCCCGGCGGCGCCCGAACCAGCGCGACAGCUCCAGGGAUCGCCACGCACGCGACCGACCAGGAGGGCGCUGAGCGACCCAGGCAUACGAGCGGCGGCGGCCACGGAGGAACGACACCAUGUAGCCCGGCGCAAGGUGCCCGCAGAGGACGACGAAGAGAAAGAAGAAGAUGCGGAAGCGGAAGUGCAAGAGAAACGCCUGGCCAACGUUGAUGGGGGACCUGCGGCCGAAAUGACCAGGAACGGAGGAGCGGAGGGCGAGCGGGAGAAAAGCGCAACGACAGAUCGGAAGAACACGCCAGCCUUGGCGACCAGCGGCGGGUGGAUGAGCAAACGAAGAAGAGAACCGCCACCGCCCUCAUCACCACCGCCGUCCGCAACUACAGCCAUGACAACAGAUCCACCAGGCGAGUGCCGACCUAGAGACCGAGAAGAGGCUGGCUACACGGAGGAGAGCCUGUUGCAGGAGCUGUGCGCUCUGGAGCACCACACGGCCGAAGUAGAAGAAACGAGCGAAUGCUGGCGCAUCUCCGACGACGAUGAAGCGGAGGCAUGGUGA